GAAGGGAGCUGGGCACCCGGGAGUGAAAGCGCUCACUCGCUGAGGGUGUUAAGGUAUGGAGCAUGAGCAGAAGUCAGGAGGGCUGCUGAGGCUGCUGCGGCUUCUGUGGCUGCUGCCUCACUCCUGGGCGGUGCUUGAAGCUUCUCCCCAGGCGUGGUGGGAUGAGUCGCAGAACCACACAUUCCGUCACACUCUGUUCUGCCAGGAUGGGUUUCCCAACAUAGGGCUCUCCGAGACCUACGACGAGGACGCACUCUUCUCCUUCGACUUCUCCCAGAACACCAGAGUGCCCCGGCUGCCUGAGUUUGCUGAGUGGGCUCAGGAACAGGGAGAUGCCUCUGCCAUUGCGUUUGACAAAGGCUUCUGCGACAUGUUGAUGCAGAAUGUGAGCCCGCGGCUUGAAGGUCAAAUCCCAGUGUCCAGAGGUUUGCCUUCGGCUGAGGUGUUCACCCUGAAGCCCCUGGAGUUUGGCAAGCCCAACACGCUGGUCUGUUUCAUCAGCAACCUCUUUCCACCGACUUUGACGGUGACCUGGCAGCAUCAUUUCGUCCCCGUGGAGGGAGCCAGCCCCACAUCCGUUUCAGCCAUCGAUGGGCUCACCUUCCAGGCCUUCUCUUAUUUAAACUUCACACCGGAACCCUUCGACCUUUACUCCUGCACUGUGACGCACGAGAUUGACCGCUACACGGCGAUUGCCUAUUGGGUACCCCAGAACGCCCUGCCUUCAGAUCUCCUGGAGAAUGUACUGUGCGGUGUGGCCUUCGGCCUCGGUGUGCUGGGCCUCGUCGUGGGCAUUGUCUUCUUCAUCCGCUCCCAGAGACCUUGCUCAGGGGACUGAUUCUUCCCAAGGAGGGCUUGGAACUGCACCAGCCAGGCCGGCAGCGAUGUCCAGGCAUCUCGCGCUUACCAGGGUCUUUCCUCAGAGCCGAAGUCCCCGGGAUCCCUUGGGGUGCGUGCCGGCAUGCUAAGGGGUUCCGCUGUCCCUGGACUUACAUCCAGAAAAGCCGGAGUCAGGAGCCCCGGGCCCCACCAGACCACUACCUUAUACCUUCCCUCUUCCAGGAAAUAAAGUUUAUUUCUUAACAUCA